CUACGCGCACACUCCCGAGUAGAUAACCGUCGCGGCGCGAAGCUGAUUGUCCCUAUCGACCCCCGCACCUCCCCAAUUUAAACCCGAUAAACCCUAACCCCCUUCCAACCUCCAUCAAUCAUCCAUGGCUUCCUCCUCUCUCCUUCUAAUCCUCCCCCUCCUCCUCCUCCUCUCAGCCUCCCCCUCCCCCGCGGCGGCGACCCACCGCUUCAAUUCCGGCCUCGAUCGAGGAAGAAAGGUAGGGUCUUGGACGGAGAUUCCCGACGCUGAAUCUAAUAGAGAGAUUCGAGAUCUCGGCCGCUACUCUGUAAAUGAAUACAAUCACGUGUUCCGCGGCAGUGCGGAAAACCCUAUCGUCUUCUCCGGAGUGGUGAGCGCCGCCAGACAGGUGGUUUCUGGCAUCAAGUACCGGAUUCGAGUCGCCGCCGUUGAUGCCCGUACAGGCGAUCGGCGUUUCUUCGACGCGGUGGUUGUCGUUCGCGCCUGGCUCCGGAAUGGGGACCGCGAGCUUGUGUAUUUCAGUCCAUCGACUGAUUAGGGUUUUCAGUUCUGUUUUUUUUUUAUGUGGUUUGGUGAGGGAGAUGGAGUGUUUGAGUUGUGCUGUGAGUUCUUGGAGGAUGGAGCUGUUAACGGUUUUGUAAUAAUAAAUAAGAAAGGUGGUACUUUUGAUCUUUCAUGA